AUGGUUCCGGGGAAUAAUAAUGUUGCCGCUGUCAAGUGCAAAGCAAAGGAGAGAGAAGCAUUGCUUGCUCUCAAGAAUGAUUCUGUGGAUCUCCAUGGCAUCCUCUCUUCUUGGAGUAGUGCGUUAAAUCACUCAGAAUGCUGCAAAUGGAAAGAGUUCAUAUCCAUUGGUCCUUUAUUUUAUGAAUUGGAAUCUGAUCUGUAUUGGGUAUCUUCCAUUUCUUCAUCCUUGAGAUAUCUCAGCAUGGAGCAAGUUGAUCUCAGCAGUGCAAGUGAUUGGCCAAUACUAAUUGCUAAUCUUCCUCAACUCAGGGAACUGCGUUUAAGAAGUUGUAGUCUUCCCAACGUUACCAGUACAUCUCUAUCCAUGUCUUUUACGAAUUUUUCUGAUUCUCUUACCAUCAUUGAUCUUUAUGACAACCAACAAAAUUCCUCAGUAUAUCAAUGGUUGAUGAGUUUUCAUAGCAGCGUCACUGUUCUUAAACUCAUUGAUAACUAUUUGGAUGGUCCUAUACCUGAAGCCAUUGCAAAUUUGAGCUCCCUCCAAGAGUUAUGGCUUGGAGACAACAAGCAUGUGGAUGGGAUUCCCAUGGCAUUGUGGGAUUUAUGCAGUUUGAGAGUAGUCCAUUUGAAUGACAAUAGCCUGACUGGUUUGAUUGAAGAGUUUGUGCCCACAAUUUCUAAUUGUGCAAAAGACUCGCUCAAGGUACUGGAUGUGAGUGAGAAUUCUGAAAUUGCAGGGACUUUACCAAAUCUUUCUCACCUUUCAUCUCUGCAAGUUUUGAUUUUUGAUGGCAAUCAGUUGGAGUCUAUACGUUUACCAGCUAUUAAACUGGGUCCUCGCUUUCCAAGUUGGCUCAGAUCUCAGCAGGAAAGGUGUGUUUGGUUGGACAUCUCAAGUGCUGGAAUUGAAGGCAUUGUUCCACUCUGGUUUUGGAACUUCUCUUUAUCAUUGAAUUACUUGAAUGUUUCUCACAAUCAGUUAGUCGGUGAAAUUCCAGAUUUGCCCGUGGAAUUUAAAGAUUACCCCCAGAUUGACUUGAGCUCAAAUCAGUUCCAUGGAAAUAAUUUCUCUGGAACCAUCCCCACAUCAUUCGGUCGCUUGGAACAAAUUCAGUCAUUACAUUUGCGCAACAAUAAGUUCAUUGGAGAGUUGCCUUUGGAACUAAGUAACUGCAAAGAGUUGAGGAUUUUGGAUGUGGCUCAUAACAAUUUAAAAGGGCCAAUACCCUUGUGGAUUGGAGACAAACUUGGAUAG